AUGCCGAAGGAAAAGAAGGAGCGGGUUGUUCUGCUGCCGCUCAUCCCCACCGGCGGUGAUUUGAGCCCGGCUGCGGACGACACCAUGGCAAAGGGCAAGCACAGUACGUGCGGCGAUGGUGCCGCUGGUGGCAGCAGCUCCGCCACCGCGUCGGCAGCUGACGGCAAGACGGUAGGGUACAAGGACGUCAUCAACCGCACUAUAUUCUCGAUUCUUAUGGCGUACGUUUUUCUGGGCUGGAUCUCUGUCGGUAUUCGCUUUAGCCUCUUCCUGCUCUUUGUGAUUGAGAGCACCAUGUUCUACGAGGUAACCCGGAUCAAUCAGCGGGUACGCAAAGAGCGCCAGCUGCCGUCGGUGCUCUUCAUCAAGUGGUACUUCUUCGUUGUCUGUAACAUUUUUGUUAGUCUCUUAUGCAAUCGCGAACCGCUGGAAAAUACCUUUGCAUGGUUUGACAAGGUGUACGACCUGCUUCCCUUCGCGUUCUUCUGCUGUGUCAUGCUAGGGCUGGUCAUCUUCGUGCUGAGCCUGCGCAAGGGCAUGUACCGCUAUCAGUUCAUCCAGUUCACAUGGAUGGCGAUGAUGCUGAUGCUAUGUCAGGUGCAGAUUGCUGGUGAAAUGCGCAACAUAGUGCGCGGCAUGAUCUGGUUCUUGCUGCCAGUGACCUGUGUCGUCAACAACGACAUUUGGGCCUACGUCUUUGGCAAGUGUUUCGGGCGAAAAAAGCUGCUGUCCCUGUCCCCAAAGAAGACGGUGGAGGGGUUCCUCGGCGCGUUCCUCUUCACAGUCAUUUGGUCCUUCUGGUUCUGCGGCUUUCUGAGCCACUUCCCGCAGAUGUACUGCCCCGCCGUGGGCUUCACCAACGCCGUCAACACCCAGUGCGAGCCCAACCCCAUCUUCUUCCAGGAGGAGGUUGCCUUUCCGCAGUGGAUACAGCAGGUGUCGGGUGGGAUGCUGACCACCUUUCUCGUCUCACCAGCGCAGAAGCACGCCCUCGUGCUGGGGACGUUUGCGUCGCUCCUCGCCCCAUUCGGCGGCUUCUUCGCAAGUGGGCUGAAGCGCGCCUUCAAGCUCAAGGACUUUGGUGACCUCAUCCCCGGCCACGGCGGCAUGACGGACCGUAUGGACUGUCAGGGCCUCAUGGGUCUCUUCACGUACUUCUACCUCCGCACCUACGUCUUCCACGAAAUCCAGUGCCCCGGUGCGAACGAUAUUAUGCGCUGCGCCCUUCGCAUGGACCUCGAGCACCGUCAGAGCUUGGUGAAGCAGCUGCUGCAGUCGCUGCAGGUAUAG